GGCUCCAGCCACUCCUCUGCACGACGACAGCCGCCAUGCCGCUCUGCCGCGCCGCUGCGGCCGCGACGCGGCGUUCUACGCGCCGCGCGGUGCAGUCGCUGGGGCGGCGCUUUUCCACUGCGAUCUCCUCGAGCCCUGGGAGUCUCAGCGUGGCCUUAAGCCUCCAAGACUAUGCCAUCGAGAGGAACACGGUGCGACAUGGCCAUAGUCCACGAGUCUGUUCCAGCGCGGAAGAGGCGAUGGAGCCCUAUUUGCAGAGUGAUGGCAUGGUCUUCAUACAUGCUGGGGCGGCGACGCCCCAGCCUCUCAUGCAGGGGAUGAUCAACGUGGCCAAAGCGAAGAAGCUUCGGAACCUCCAGACCAUUCACAUGCACCUGGAAGGUGCCGAUGCUGCACGACCUUCCAAGCUCGGUAGGGCAGGCCCAGGCCCCAUCCCCUUGGAUGACCCUGAAGCUGCGGAGUGCAUCCGGCCGUUGCCCACCUUCGUGGGAGCCAACCUACGGAAGCAGGUCAUGACCGGAGAUGCCGAGGCCAUUCCCAUCCACCUCCGCGACCUGCCCUACCUCUUCCGCCGCCGCGUGGUGCGCCCGGACGUGGCGCUGCUGCACUGCUCGCCGCCCGACGCGCACGGCUUCUGCACCUUGGGCACCUCCGUGGAUUGGGCGCGGGGGGCCGCGGAACACUCCAAGGCGUUGGUCGCUUUGAUCAACCCGCAGAUGCCUCGCGUGCAUGGAGAUGGGAUCAUCCACUUCUCGCAGUUCGAUGCCGUGCUGCACCACGACGGGCCCCUGUGGAUUCACAAGACCAAGGAGCUUUCCAAAGAGGAGGUGAGUAUUGGCCAACACAUUGCCAACUUGGUCCCGGACGGAGCCACCCUGCAGAUGGGUAUCGGUAGCGUCCCUGAUGCAGCGCUCUCCCAGUUGACGAACCACAAAAACCUGGGGAUUCACACUGAGAUGUUUAGCGAUGGUGUGUUGCCUUUGAUCGAGUCGGGCGUCGUCAACAAUUCCAUGAAGUCCACCUAUCGGGGCCGCACCAUUAGCGCCUUCCUGAGUGGCAGUCAGAAGCUCUACGACUUUGUCAACGACAACUUGAGUGUGAACCUGAAAGAUGUGGCCUACACGAACAACGUGGAGGUGAUCGCUUCCCAGCAGUCCAUGAUUGGCAUCAACAGUUGCAUCGAGAUGGAUAUGACGGGGCAAGCGGCCAGCUCGACCAUCGGCUUUCGGAUCUACUCAGGCUUUGGUGGCCAGGUGGACUUCUUGACGGGCGCAGCAGCUUCUCAGAACGGAAAGGGCAUUUUGGCCUUCCCUUCGCGGACGCACAAGGGAGUCCCCCGCAUCGUCCCACAGCUGAAUGAGGGAGCGGCAGUGGUCACUACGAGGGCGCAGGUCCAAUGGGUGGUGACGGAGUAUGGUUCUGUGAACUUGUUCGGCAAGAGCUUGCCGCAGCGAGCGCGCAGCCUCAUCUCCCUGGCGCACCCAGACGACCGAGACGACUUGGAACGACAUGCCCAUGAACGCUUCGGCAAAGCCUUUCCGAAGUGAGGCGACCACCUGCAGGUCGGCUGGAGAAUCAGCUGAGCCGGCCAUGGGUUUGUUCGGAAGAAAUCGUCAGAGACUAAAAAGGUCCCUAUAGUUCAUGUUAGUCUGAGGGGGCUUGAGGUGUGCUU